AUGAAAGUUAUUUUUCAAACGGUUGUGCCUGUGAACGCGGUUCGAGUUGUUCGAACUUCAUCUCAUCCGAACAUUAGCAAACGACGCUUUGGUAAAACAGUACAGAAGAAGACAAUAUUACAGAACACACGACUGGACAACCCUGUUGCAAAAGUCUUAGAUACCAGCACAUAUCUUGAUCGACGAUCGUUUGAAAAACAAAAAACUGGAAAUAAUCACAAGAAUCCUUCCAUUGCAACAAUACAAUAUAACUCUCAAAGAGCGCAUCGCAAUGAUAAUUUAAAAAG